AUGGGUUUCAACACCUGGAACAAGUUCGGCUGCAACAUCAACGAGAAGCUCGCGCGUGAUACUGCCGACGCCAUUGUUAAUUCUGGACUCGACAAGCUCGGAUAUAUUUACCUGAAUCUGGAUGACUGCUGGCAGGUUGCCCGUGACAACAACAGCGUGAUUGUUGAAGACGCCAACUUCCCCUCUGGAAUGAAGGCUCUUGCUGACUACAUCCACUCGAAGGGACUUCUGUUUGGUCUCUACUCGGAUGCCGGAUACAAGACCUGCGCUGGAAGACCCGGAUCUCUGGGUUAUGAGGAGAUCGAUGCGAAGACCUAUGCCAAGUGGGAAGUCGAUUAUUUGAAGUACGAUAACUGCAACACCGAUGGUACCACCCCUGAGCAUCGUUACCCGGUGAUGACCAAGGCUCUUCAGAACUGCGGUCGUGACAUUUUCUUCUCGAUGUGUGAAUGGGGCGUGGAUGAUCCUGCCAACUGGGCUCGCGCUGUGGGUAACAGCUGGAGAACCACCGGCGAUAUUCAGGACAACUGGGGCAGCAUGAUGAGCAUCGCCCAGGCGAACGAGAAGCUGUGGCGCCGUGCGGGUCCUGGAGGCUGGAACGAUCCGGAUAUGCUGGAGGUCGGCAACGGCGGCAUGAACUACGAGGAGUACAAGACGCACUUCUCUCUGUGGUGCUUGAUGAAGGCGCCUCUGCUGAUUGGCUGCGAUCUGACGAAGGCCUCGCAGGAAACGCUGGAGAUUCUGAGCAACAAGGAGGCGAUCGCUGUGAACCAGGACGGUCUGGGCGUGCAGGGCCAUCGCGUGUGGUCCGACAAGGGAGGAAACAAGGAAGUGAACGGCGAUGUGCCCGAGGGAGAUCUGGAAGUGUGGGCGGGUCCUCUGAUGAGCGGCCAGUUCGCCGUGAUUCUGCUGAACCGCAGCGAGGAAGAGGCGGAGAUCACCUUCCAGUUCGAGGAUUGCGGACUGCGCAAGGAUGACACGGCGAUGAUUCGCGAUAUCUGGGUGCAUCAGGACAUCACGACGGCGCAGGGCAGCUACACGAUGAAGGGCAUUCCUCGCCAUGGAGUGAAGUUCCUGAUUCUGACUCCGAUUAUUAACUAAAGAACCAUCUAAAUGAUUGCUUGACUGAGAAUUAAUGAGUGAAUUCAUUCAUU